GAAAAACCCGGCUGCCGGCGGAAAUGCGGCGCCGCGGUCUGCCCGCAAUUGCUCGCUGCACUCGCCCACGAGUCGGUGCGGCUGCACGCGAGAUCAGUGCUCGGGCAGCGCAGCGAGCUCGGGCUGGCUCGGUUGGGCAGCGCCAAGAGCUCAUUGGCAGUCGAGGCGCCAUGCGCGCCGCUCUGGUCGCGUCGCUCGGCGCCCUCGCCGCAGCGUGGGAAGGCGGGCCACGCAGCGCGGCCUGCGCCGUCGCCGCGGACGCGUGCCCGGAAACGGCCCACGCGGGCCUCGCGGCGCUGCGCUGCGGCACGAGCUACUACCCGGACGCCUACUCGUUCGCGACGAACGCGACGCAGACGCGGCUCCGGGACGCGGCGGUGCGCGCGCGCGUCUGCGCCCGGCCGCCGACUCGCGCGGCGCCGCGCCCCGACCUGUCGCUCGGCAAGUUCUUCUACUAUGGCGUCGCCUGGCGCCGCGUCCCUUUUCAAUCAACGCCGUCGAUCCUGGCCCGCGCGUGCCGCGUCGCCCGUGAUUUGGGAGCCACCGUGUGCAGCGGCAGCCCGAUUACUGGUGACGCGCCGGCCUCCUUCUUGACGCGUGUCCGGCGCGACGUCCGUCGCGGGCGGCCGUCCCGCGCCCUCCCGUGGGAGUCGGCCCCGGGAUGUUGUACUAGGGCGGACGGCGAGACACGUCCGCGCACAGGCCACCGCCAAGAAGGAGCGCGACGGCAUCCGCCGCUGCUGGGCGGCGCCGUCCGGCGUCCGGCGUCCGUGAGCGGCUCCUCCCCUGCACCAUCGACGCGACUCCCGCGCAGGCCGUUCCAGCACACGCGCCCCGAGCUCGCGGCCUGGCGCUUCCUGCCUCGCGGGGGAUGCGGCGCGACCCAGGACGACUGGUUCGCGCCGCCGGCCUGCGCCGGCGUCGUCGAUCCGCCGCGAGGCACGGUAGAGAACGACGUCGACCUGCCGCCCGGCCUCUGGCGGCUCGCCGCGGGCGUGCGGCACCGGCUCGCGGGCGCGGGCCCCUGCGCCGCGACGGCGCGGGACCAGCUCCUCGGUCCCCUGCGGCGCGCCGCCGGGCGAGGCCUCACCGCGGGCGUGCACGUGCGACGCGGCGACGCGUGCGAGCGGUUCGGCGACGAGGGCGACCCGACGCUGCGCGCGUGCUACCCCGCCGGCGCGUACGCCGCGGCUCUCCGACGGAUGCGCCGGACGUACGGCGUCCAACGUGUCGCGGUGGCGACGGACUCGCCGACCGUCGUCGGCGUUGUGCCGCGUCCCUUGUUUUUGUUGUUUUCCCUUCCGCGGUCCUCUUCGACCCGUUCUCCGUCGCGGUGACGUUGCGCCGGCUUGUCCCGCGGUCGUCCUCCUCGCUCCCUUCCGGACGCCCCGCGCGAGCCGUCGACGCGCCCCUUUCCGCGCGCAGGCGAGCUCCGCCGGCUGCUGCCCGGGUUCGCCGUCGAGGCCCUCGCCUUCGACAGGCACCGCCUCGGCGGCGCCGAGAACGCGACGCUCGGGCGCCGCGCACCGGCGGCCUUCAUCGAGAACCGGGCGGACCUCGACGCGCGCCACGCGCUCGUCACGUUCCUCGCGGACCUCGAGCUCCUCGCGGCCGCCGACGUGUUCGUCGGCACGGCCGGCACGACCAUCGGCCGCGUCGGGCUCGGCGUUGCUGCCGCACGUACGGCGGGGCGCCCGAAAUUUGGUUUCCACGCAGGCCGGGCUGGUGGCAAUGAUUGGGAGGCUGGGGCGCGUGCCGCCGUUCGAGUUCGUCGAUGGAGCGCCUUCUUCUUCUGCUUCUUCUGUCGUGUAGUUUUGUAGUAGUAUUCUCUUUUUUGG